AUGUGGCCACCAAAUAAUUUCGUAAGUUUAUCGAUGAACGAGCAUUCCGAACCAGUAGCAGGAGUUUGGAUAGAACAGAGAUGCAAAAUUGUCGGACGUGCCAAUUCUUAUGAAAAUGCCGAGAAACUUAUCCAAGAUUUGGAAAGAAUUACGGAUUCUGACGAUGCCAUUCGAAUGAGCCGUGGAACCCGUGCGCGCCCAGCCAAAAAAAUAGCAACAUUCCAACCAAAUUCCUAUAAGCUUGCACAUCCGGUAAAGCGUUCUAAAUUGCUGCAACCUGCUGUAAAGACUUCUGUGGGUAGUCUUAGUAUCACUUCUGGGGCAGAGCAAUUACCACUGGAGAUACAGGAUGUCGAACAAGCGCAGGUGGAAAUCUACAAUGCACCCACAACGGAUGUGAAUACGACAAUGACGUUUAUGCGUUCUGAUGCUAUGAAACCCAGCCAGACUGAAGACGAACCUAUUUUGAAUGAGCCAUGUGAAUUAGUCGAUGGGGAAGACGGCAAAAGGUACAUUCGACUGGGCAAUGGGUACUUAGCGGAAAUAUUGGCCAAUAUUGAAGAACCUGAAACUUCCGAAGUGCUGCUGGACAGCCAUCAUACGUAUACGCCCUGCGACAAAAUGUAUGCUACUACAGACCCAACAACGGAGCGGCUGAAUGCAAUCGAAAAAAAAUCGAUGGUUUGGAAGAAGUAG